GUGGCUGACGGGUGCGCGUUGCCCGAUGCGUCAAGGGUGUUUACAUCUCGAAUUUCCUAACACCAGACACCCUCGUCCCCUGCUCCCCGCUGCACCUUCCUCUCUGCCCGCACGUACUAACCACAGGUACACACGAGAGGCAUCCAACGACCUCGCCUCACUUCGAAUCGGGAAUAAUUCAGACUCGCGGCGAAACAGCAUCUCCCGCGAUCCACCUAAACACGCUUGACCGCUUGUCGUCUGAAGCAAUCGCAAUACCCAGCCCGCCACAAUGGAGAACUACCAGAAGUUGGAGAAGGUCGGAGAGGGAACCUACGGAGUUGUCUACAAGGCGCGCGACCUCACCACCAAAGACCAGCGCAUCGUCGCCCUCAAGAAGAUCCGCCUCGAGGCCGAAGAUGAAGGCGUCCCGUCAACCGCCAUCCGCGAGAUCUCACUCCUCAAAGAGAUGAACGACCCCAACAUUGUGCGCCUCCUCAACAUCGUACACGCCGACGGCCACAAGCUAUACCUCGUCUUCGAGUUCUUGGAUCUGGAUCUGAAGAAGUACAUGGAGGCGCUGCCGGUCAGUCAGGGCGGACGGGGCAAGGCGCUGCCAGAGGGCUCUGGACUGGCUGGACAGAGCCUGAGCAUGGACGACAAGAUGGUUAAGAAGUUUAUGAUGCAGCUGUGUCAGGGUGUGCGGUAUUGCCAUGCUCAUCGCGUGCUGCAUCGUGAUCUGAAGCCGCAGAACUUGCUCAUCGACAAGGACUGUAAUCUCAAGUUGGCGGAUUUCGGUCUGGCGCGUGCGUUUGGUGUUCCGCUGCGAACAUACACCCACGAGGUCGUCACGCUAUGGUACCGUUCUCCGGAGAUUCUUCUUGGUGGCCGCCAAUACUCAACUGGUGUGGACAUGUGGUCUGUUGGCUGCAUCUUCGCCGAGAUGUGCACGCGCAAGCCUCUAUUCCCUGGUGAUUCGGAGAUUGACGAAAUCUUCAAGAUCUUCCGUAUCCUCGGCACACCCAACGAGCAGGACUGGCCCGGCGUCACCUCCUUCCCCGACUUCAAGCCCUCGUUCCCCAAGUGGGGCCGGACAGACGUCGCGAACAUAGUCACCAACCUCGACGAGGUAGGCCUUGACCUCCUCGAUGCGCUGCUUGUCUACGACCCCGCCGGCCGCAUCUCAGCAAAGCAGACGCCUGUCCCAGGGGGAUGCUACGACUGUUACGCAUUGAGUGGUCUGCAUGAUUGCGCGGCUGCCCCACCUCAGCCCUACGGACCUGCAGGAACGCGUCCACGUACCAGGUCUCCAACCCCGUGGUCUGCUCACCACGCUUCUUCCACUUACUCAGCAAUGACUUCCCUACCGAAACUACUUCCGCCAUCCACCGGCCCACGUCUCAUCGUCUACCACCAGACUUUCCACGACUCAAACGGCAAUUACCACUCGUUGCUUCCGCUGCUUACGAAUAACACGGGCAUCACACAUGUGAUUGUAGCGGCGAUCCACCUCAACGACGGUCCGGGGAAUAUUACGCUGAACGACCACCGGCCGGAUGAUAAGAGGUAUGAUCAGCUAUGGGGCGAGGUAAAUUGGUUACAGGGUAGCGGGGUCAAGGUAUUGGGUAUGCUAGGCGGAGCAGCGAAGGGGAGUUUCGAGAAGUUGAGCGGAGACGAAGAGAGUCUAACGAUCCCACGGUUCGAAGCAUACUACACCCCCCUCGCCGCCCUAAUAGCCACGCACUCCCUCUCAGGCCUCGACCUCGACAUCGAAGAAGAAACCACUCUGUCCACCACCACACGCCUGAUCUCGCGCCUUCGGUCCGACUUCGGACCAGAAUUCUUGAUAACCCUCGCUCCCGUGGCUACAGCCCUAAUCCCAGACCCCAACAUCCCCGCACACCUCCGCCCCCCUCGCCCUAUGCUCGCCAGCGGGCCCUCCCCCAACCCUUUACACCCAACCCUGCCCCAUUUAUCAGGCUUUAGUUACCCGGAGCUCGAAUGCAGCGUCUACGGUAAAGAGAUAAGCUGGUACAACACGCAAUUCUACUGUGGCUGGGGCGACGCAGGGACGACGGCGUGGUACGAUGCUAUUAUCGCCGCCGGGUGGAAACCAGAGAAGGUCGUUAUGGGCGUAGUAACGAAUCCACGGAAUGGGGCUGGGCACAUAGGCGUGGGGCGCCUGGCCGAGAAUGUGAAGAGGUUACGGCAGAAAUACAGGAAUGUGGGGAAGGGGUUUGGAGGCGUAAUGGGAUGGGAGUACUUCAACGCCGGAGACUGCGACGACGAUAUCACACACGUCUCCUCCCUCGAACUCAACAACGAUACUGUUCAAGCCGGGUGGGUUAAAGCGCUAGGACGGGUGCUACGAACGGAAGUCGACCUAGAUACGACGCCUACGUCUUCGUCGAGUGGAGCCGGGGCUGGGGGUGGAAGUGGACUUCAGAAUAUCACGGCUGAUCAGAUUCGCAAUAUGGUUAGUAACCUUCCUGCUGCGAGGGCAGCUUGGCCGGAUGAAGAGGUGCAGAAGUUGGUUGUUUUGGGGUUUAGCAGGCAGGAGGCGCUCGCGGCGUUGAAUGCCACGGAUGGGAAUACGGAGAUGGCGGCGGGGUUCUUGUUUGAGCAUUAUCCUUCGUGA